UUCAGGUCAUCAUCAUCACCAAUGCACCGGCAAUCGACGGGAGGCAUGUGGGUGCCUGGUGUGAAGAAAGCUCAGAUGUCUGACCGUGGAGAAGAGCAAUUACCUCCAGUAGUUUCGGUGUCGAGCUUGCCCAUCGAAGCUCGUGAAAAGGAGAUCUUGUAUGCAGUGGAAACAUCGUCGGUCGUGAUCUUGGCUGGAGAGACUGGGAGCGGCAAGACCACGCAAACACCUCAGUAUUUGUACCGCGCCAAGUUUGGCAAGAUUGCAGUGACACAACCUCGACGAAUUGCUGCCAUCACGGUGGCAGAGCGCGUGGCCUCUGAAAUGGGCGUUCGACUUGGUGGCGAGGUUGGGUAUGCCGUGCGCUUUGAAGAGAAAUGGGAUCCCGAGCGCACUGGCAUCAAGUUCCUCACGGACGGAAUGCUCGUGCGGGAAACCAUGCUCGAUCCAUUGCUGUCCCAUUACAACGUCAUCAUGCUGGACGAAGCCCACGAACGCAACUUGGAAACGGACAUUUUGCUUGGGUUGAUAAAAAAGAUCAUGAAAAAGCGCCUUGACUUGCGAGUGAUCGUGGCGUCGGCUACGCUCCAUGUGGAGGCCUUCGAGCGCUUCUUCUCAUCGAUCAAGCACGAAGGUGGAGUGAUUAAACCUGUCGUGUCCAUCGCAGUUCAGGGUCGCCAAUAUCCCGUCGACGUAUUGUACUUAAAGGAGCCCGCGGCCAACUUUGAACAGAAAACCAUCGACACGGUGCUGGCCAUCCAUGAGCGCGAAGCACAGGGCGACAUCUUGGUGUUCUUGCCUGGCCAAGAAGAGAUCGACCACGUCGUCCACCGACUGAGUCAAUCAGCGAGUCGCACGCUACUGCCCCUGGCGUUCUACGGCUCGUUGCCAGUGCAUGUCCAGCAAGCUGUGUUUGAUCCGACGCCGCCGCAUGUCCGCAAGGUGAUUGUGGCAACGACAAUUGCCGAGACGUCCGUGACGAUUCCAGGUGUUGUGUACGUUGUGGACAGCUGCUUUGUCAAACUACCAUUCUACAACCCGUUGACGGGCAUCGAAGCCCUUGUGACAACCGUCGAAUCCAAAGCGGCGGCAAAGCAACGAGCGGGACGAGCAGGGCGCAUGCGGCCAGGCAAAUGCUUUCGUCUGGUCACUGAAGCCACGUACCGCAAGACGUUUCCCAAGCACACGAUCCCGCAGAUCCAGCGAACCAACUUGGCGCCAAUUGUGCUGCAUUUGCUCAGCAUGGGGAUACAGGAUAUCGUACACUUUGACUUUUUGUCGCCGCCGACACCGGAAGCUUUGGUUCGCGCACUGGAAAUUCUGUACUCACUGGGAGCGAUUUCCAAGGACUGCGUCUUGGUUGAGCCAUUGGGGGCGCACAUGGCCGAGUUCCCCGUUGAUCCGUGCCUGUCCAAGAUGCUGCUCGCUUCGUUUGAUUUCGGCUGCACGGAAGAAGCGCUGACCAUUGCCAGCAUGGUGAGCGUGGAUGACAUCUUCAUCCAUCCUCGGGCGUCGAAAGAGCGCCAGCUCAAGCUGAAAGAAGCAGUUGCAGAAUUUGCCCAUCAACAGGGCGACCAUAUCACGUAUUUGCACAUAUACAACGAGUUUUUGGAGAAUGACUGCAGCCGGUCGUGGUGCGACGAACACUGUUUGAAUCACCGUAUCUUGAUGCGGGCGACGGAAAUUCGAAAGCAGCUGCAUCGCUAUGUCAAACGUUUUGCUACCGCCGACAAUGCGAUUCAUAGCUGCGGCGACGACAAGCAACCGGUACUCCAGUGUCUUGUUGCGGGCUUCUUCGCCAACGCGGCCAAGUUGCAUGGAAGCAGUACUUACAGAACUAUCAAGGACGGGCGCAUCGUGCAUGUGCACCCGACGUCCGUCCUGAACUCGUUCAUUCGGUCGCCCGAGUGGAUUGUGUACCAUCAAAGUGUUCUUACAGACAAGGAGUACGUGCGUGAGAUAUCAAGCAUUGACCCGAGGUGGUUGGUGGCCGCGGCGCCAGAAUACUAUUACUGCAAAGACGUCAGUGCAGUUGUGUCUGGAAGUUCGGGGGAUAUCGGGUUGCCGAAAGCCCCGCCCCCGACUGCACAACAACCGGCCGCAACGGACGCCAACGGUCGCAUCUUGUUUCGGCGGCCGACUCCAUCGAGUACAGCAACGACGAAGAAGCUGCCCGUCCACAUUGGCAAGAGCAAGGGCGGGCUCCGCUCGCAGUUUUGAGUCAACUGAUUCUCUGCAGAGGCAACUUUAAGUUCGUUCUUUAAAUGGACUUUUCAGCGCAGUGCUGGAUCGCCUGAACUCGCCAUCACGACCGAAAAAGCAAGCGACUAUGUCGAAGAAAUGCAUACGCCAGAGCGGUGUAUGCAAAUCGAGUAGGUGAAUUAUGUACAAUCCAUGAGAAUUAGCUUGGCA